CUCGUCCCUAUCGCCCAUUUCCUAUUAUUGUUUCUGUUACGCUUCGUGAGAUUGGUGAGAUUGGUGCCCAGAUCCGCGGCCUAUCUGCGCAUCUCCGCCUGUCUCUCCGGUUCUCUCCUGCACGGCCGCUCCCUUGAGUCCCUUAUCUUUCGACCUGUCCAGUCGAUCGCUCUGAAUGGCUGCCGUUAUCACCCUCCAGUCGUCCUCGACGACGGGGCCAACGGCCCCCUCUGCAGCUGCCUUCCAGCCGUCGCCUGCCUCUGACCACCAGCUCCUUCGACCCCGGAUCCAACAGCAGCAGCAGCAGCAAUCACAAUCCCAACCAUCAUCACACGCUCCCCAACCAGGUUCGACCUCCACGCCACAUUCGCCCGCCUCGUCCAUUGGCACCCUUUCCCGUGUGACUGCGCCAGGCCGGGAUGGGCCCAGUUGCGACGCCUGCGUGCGCAGAAAGAGCCGGUGUGCGAUAAACGAGAUGGUGAACAAGUGUUAUUCGUGUGACUUCCACCGCCAGGACUGCACGUUCACGUUGUCCGUGACGAGUCGCCCCGGCACGGCGGAGGUCCAGGCUAAAAAACGUAAAUUCGACGACACCGACUCCGAUGAAGUGGAAUCUCCUAAAAGGCAAUCUACCCUCCCCCCAGUGUCCAAACCAGACAGCUCCCGCCCUAUAUUGCACAACCACCAUAUCCUCACGCCAGCCUUUUGGUUCCAGUCGACCCAACACAUCGGCCUCACCACGGAACUCGAGCCCGCCCUCCUCGAGUACCUCCCAUUGGACCAGAACUACGAAGGGUGCGUGGCCUCGUCUCGCGUGCGCAAAUUCAGUGACGACGGCACCUUCAUGCGGGUGGUCAACAACCGCUCCCACGCGGACUCCCCGCAAACCGCCACCCUGGAUGCCAUUGAAAGCCUGGUCGCUCCGUAUGGCUCCACCUUGGUGGAGAAGUUCUUCGAGAAUGUCCAUCCCACCUUCCCCGUCCUGAUGGAGGACAGUUUCCGCCAGUCGUACCGGGCCCGAACCGGGCUGACCCCGUUGCUCUUGUCCGCCGUCUACGUCCUGGCGUUGAAGUUUGUUGACGUGGGCCCGGUCUCGCAAUCAAUCCGUCGACCCGAUGCCGGCCGGCUGGAGAGCACGGCCCUCAAGCUGCUGACCGAGUCGUUGCCCUAUGCGUCCAUGUCGACCGUCCAGGCCGGUCUGCUGCUCAUGCAGCGGUCCAACCUGGCGACGGCUGCAUUGAACGCGCAGUUGGUCACCGCCGGGUUUGAGCUUGGCCUGCACCAGGACUGCUCCAAUUGGCGGAUGGAAGCGUGGGAGAAGGGCCUCCGGAAACGCUUAGCAUGGGCACUAUAUAUGCAGGACAAAUGGUCCGCUCUAGUGCACGGCCGUCCGUCGCACAUCGUGUCGUCCAAUUGGAUGGUCCAAGACCUGGUGGAACAGGAUUUCACCGAUGCUUUCUCGGGGCCAUCCCAACAAGAUGAUGCGCCCGUCGGCCACGGUCCGCUCUCCUUCUGCCAUAUGGUGGCCUUGACGACGAUCUUGUCCGACAUCCUGGAUCGAUUCUACACCCUUCGGGCGAUCGAGGAAUUCAAAGCGGCGGGCACCAAUCGCACCCGCCUGAUCCUGGAGCGCGCUAAGCCGGCCCAGAUCCGCCUGAAGGAGUGGUUCGGUCGGCUACCCGCGCAGCUAAAGAUGGACUCGGGCGGCGACCUCUUCGAGACCGUCAGCGAGGACAACUCGCGCAAUGGCGCCUUGCACCUGGCCUAUUUUGCCACGGAAAUCACCCUUCAUCGUUGCAUUGUCCGGUCGCUGUCCACGGACACGGCCGACGCCUACCUCUCCCACAUCUGCCGCUCUGCCGCCAAAACCCGUCUGAUUUCCGCCAUGGACUUUGUCAACCGACUGCGUUCGACGCAUCUGCGGUCGUUCUGGCCAGGCUCCGCACGAACAAACUUUGCCCUCAUCGGAUCCUUUGGGGUGCUGCUUCGCGUCACCGCUCCGACCAAAGAAGAGUCGGAGUUCUACCGUCUCCGGCUGUGCGAAUACCGCUGGACGCUGAGUGUGAGCAAAAAGGACGCCGAGUUCCUCGAAUUCGCCCUCGAGAGCCUCGACAGUGCGGCCAACCUCGAUCACUAUGUCCCGGAAAAGCCCGGCAUCGACGAGCUGAUGACGAGCGCCGCUAAACCCACCAUUAACGCUUCCCGGAUGGGCACCCAGCUCGAGGAGUCUAUCCUUGAGAUGGAACAAACCGGAGACAGCGGACUGGGGGGCACCUCCUCCGUGAUCUCCGGAUUAGCAUCUCCUGCCACCUCGAUCAGCGACGAAAGUCUACAGGACACCUCGAUUCCACCGCUAUAGCCACCUCAUCCUCUCCCCUGUUUACCCACAGGACUCCGAUGUACACUGAACCCCAUACCAC